AUCUUGACGGGUAACCAUUUUAAGUUGGCGGCUGGUUCGAAUAUCGUGGUAUCAUGUUAGUCUCCUUUUUUCUAUCUUUGUUCUUGUUUGUUUUAUCCCAGUUCUCCGACCUUGUGAGGAUAAGGCUUGUCCUUCAUUGUUAUAUUGUUACUCUCGUGGCAUUACGUAUGCACUUUCCUAAGGGAAGAUCCGAGGCGUGUCACUGGACAUACACACACUCACCCACCCAUACACAUCACGUAAGGUUAGACGGCCGUUGUAUUACGACCAUCUUUCAAAUGUUACUAUUGAACUCUUCAAGACCCGCCGUGGUGAUGUUCCGAUCAGGGUAGAAAGUCCGGACUGCCGAACCUGGUAUCGUUAUUGAGGUUAAUGGGCUAGCACCGUUUCUCUAAGAGGGGAAAAAACAGAGAAAGAAAAGAAAGAAAAACGAAAAAAAAAGAAAAGAAAAAAGUGAGUGGAUAUUUGGUGUCGAAGAGUUUCAGUAGCGUUAGCGAGUCUCAAAUAUUCCUUUGGAGGCAUUAAUCACGUAUAUGUUUCUCGUCACCCCUCAUCUACCAGAUCCGCUGCAGUAUCACGGUCUACUAGGUGACCAGUAGUUGUUCGUUUCCGUGGAAGUCUCGAGGCCCUCAGCGCAUAACCUAUACCUAGGUAGGUAUCUUUCCCCCCCCUUCUUCCAGUUAAGAUAAUACUUUGGUAGUUGUGUUUCUGCGAAACCAUAGAAUCCGAAAAACAUAGCUGGGGACGUCCCGGGAAAUCUUCAAAGAAGCACAUUCCGGGUAGAAUGUCGGAAGAGCACCUGGAUGCUUAUUGGACAUACCCUACGCCGGAGGUCACAUUUUAACGCUUAGAUUGUAUCCCCCCCUUCAAUCCAGAGCCUCUUACCCAGUACUUGAUGAAUGAGCCAUCUUGAAUCAGACUUGAUUGGCUGCAUAUGUACCUGGGUAUAUACCAAUCUAAUAAUGUAAUUCGAUUCAAGACUUCGUUUUCAGGUUGAUGCAUUCAUAUAAGUACUUGCUAGCC